GGGCACCUUGGAGUUGCUGACCAAUGACGGCAGAUAGACACUUAAAAAGAGAGAAAGAAAAACUGGCUCUUUGCUGCUCUCAAAGACCGAGCAACUGCAACAAACAAGCUUGCACGUGGAAAUAAUCUCGGUCGCUUGGUUUUCAUGAACUCGGGGCCUCGAGCCCUGCAGGAAGAUGGGAGAGGGCUGCUACCGAAGGCGCUGAAUUGCUGGCUACUGGCUGCCUUGAAGCAACUAGUUGCUGGCUGACCGGAGGCCGGUGAGGGGCGGGGGCGAGGGGAGGCAAGUUAUAAAUGGCGGGAAGGCGGCCAGGAAGGGAAGCCAGCAAGAGAACAAGGAGGCGGAGGCGCAGACGCGAAAGAGCAUGAACGCGGCUGUGUGGCUGUUGCUGAGCGUGGGGCUGAACUUUGGCAGUUCUGAGGGAGAAGCUCGGCAGUCCAUUGAGUGUUACGAAGAAAAUGGGCCUUCUAUUGAGCUGCUGAAGGAGCACGAAUUUGUACCAUCAGAUAUUUCUGGCCUCGAUGCAAAGAUCAUUGAGAGGCGGGGAAAGUGCAACUUUAAUAUAACCUGGAGCCUUGGUGUAGACGGCAGCAUUAUAUUCCUGAAAGCCUCCAAGAUAUGUUUGCAGAAGGAAGGAAGUCGAAGCUGUAUUAGAUGUGAUUACACAGAAAGGUUUCAAAACCAAACCAUGCUCAGUGGUGAAAAAUGGCAGUUCUACUAUAUUGGAUUUCCAGUAGAUGAAAAUAAUGAAUACCACAUUGAAGUUUUCAACCUACCACCACCAAAUCCAGGUCUUGAUCCUCCUAAAAAACACAUAAAACGAUUUUCUCCAGGUUGUAAAGACAGUGUGUUAAAAUACUGUAAAACCUGCAUAGAGAAAGGAAGCUUAUGGGUCCCAAAUAUAACAGUAUGCCACAAGAAGUCAGAAGUGGUAGUGAACUUUACAGCAAGUCCCUUUUGUUCCAAAUAUGUAAUCCGCCUUCAUGAGCCUGAUCCAUCAGGUGACCUGUAUGAUCAUAUCGUGGUUACCAAGGGGAAUGAUACUAGAAUUUCUGAAAAAAUAUUGUUGACUGAUCAAAGCAACAGAACCUUUAAAGAGCUAAUUCCUCGUUUUCCACUAUGCGAAGGUCAUUGCCCAAGACACGCAGAGCAUCAGGAGCUGUGUACUGAAGAACCUACAGAUGUCUCAACAGAUUUUGUAGGCAAUUACAUAAUUAUUUGUUGCCUACUUGCUUCCUUAUUUCUGAUAGUAUGCAUGGUUGCUGCUCUACUGUAUUACAAGAGGAAGUAUGGUGCAGGCAGAAACUGGGCUCUUUCUCCACUAAUGCAACACAUACCUGCUACAAUCCUUGUUGUAUAUUCCCAAGAAGUAUGUUUUCAGCAUACCGUCCUUGCUUUUGCUGAAUUUCUACAUGAAUGCUGUCAUAGUAAUGUCAUUAUAGAUGCAUGGCAAAAACUGAGAAUUGCUGAAAUGGGACCAGUACAGUGGCUUGCAACUCAGAAAGAAAUUGCUGAUAAAAUUAUUUUUCUCAGUCCAAACAAUGCAAAUCCUGCAUGUGAUUCGACUUGCAGAACAACUGUAGACAGCCACAGUGGGAACUCUGAAUGUAUGUUCAAGUUUGCAUUUAACCUUUUUUGCAGUGACUGGAAAAACCAGUCUUCUCUCCAUAAAUACAUGGUGGUUUCUUUCAGUGAAAAGAAUCUAACGAACAGUCUCCCAAGUCCUUUGAAUAUUUGUCCAAAGUAUGUCCUAAUGAAGGAUAUUGAUUCCUUUUGUAGAGACCUUUCAGAGCACAAAGUAUAGUGAAGGUACA